UUCCCUCAAGUCACCUGAUUGGCUGCUGACUCGGCGGUCGAGCUUUCAAGAGUAGCGGCGGAAGUGGACGACGAACGUUAACGUGAACGUUUCCCCUUUUUAACAACAAAAUGCGUUAAUUUGGAAUUAUUCCUUUCCGCCAUGUUCGUGCUGUACUUCCCUCUUCAAACUACGAAGCGGCCUCCCUGUUCCAUUUCCUGACACCCACCACGAUGUCCGCCUGGCUCCGCGUUUUCGCCUCGCUGUUGACGCUCGGCGCCCCCGCGGCGGCGUCGGGCUCCAAGCGGCCGCACAUCGUGUUCAUCCUGGCGGACGACUUGGGCUGGCACGACGUAGGCUACCACGGUUCGGAGAUCAAGACGCCCAACUUGGACAAGCUGUCGGCCGCGGGCGUCCGCUUGGAGAAUUACUACGUCCAGCCGCUGUGCACCCCUUCCAGGAGCCAGCUCAUGACCGGACGCUACCAGAUCCACACGGGCAUGCAGCACCAGAUCAUCUGGCCGUGUCAGCCGUCCUGCGUGCCGCCGGACGAGACGCUGCUCCCUCAGUUGCUGUCGGACGCGGGCUACGCCACGCACAUGGUGGGCAAGUGGCACCUGGGCAUGUACAAGAAGGACUGCCUGCCCACGCGCCGCGGCUUUCACUCCUACUUUGGCUAUCUCACGGGAAGCGAGGACUACUACACCCACUUCUGCUGCCACCCCAUCGCCGGUCUCAACGUCAGCCGCUGCGCUCUGGACCUGCGGGAGGAGGAAGCGCCCGCCGCGGGGUACAAAGGCGACUAUUCCACCGAGCUGUUCAGCCAGAGGGCCGUCCGGAUCAUCGCCACGCACGACCCAAAAAAGCCUCUCUUCCUGUACGUGGCGCUGCAAGCCGUCCACGCGCCGCUGCAAGUGCCCGAACGCUACGUGGCGCCGUACGCCUUCAUCCGGGACCCGGACCGCCGCCUGUACGCCGGCAUGGUGGCCGCCAUGGACGAGGCGGUGGGCAACAUCAGCUCGGCGUUGCGCCAGGCCGGGCUGUGGGGUGACGGCGUCCUGGUCUUCUCCACAGAUAACGGCGGUCAGACGCUGUUCGGCGGCAGCAACUGGCCGCUGCGAGGCAGGAAGUGGUCGCUGUGGGAGGGAGGAGUCCGCGGCGUGGGGUUCGUGUCCGGGCCGCUGGUGGAGCGGCCGGGCUGCGCCAGCCGGGAGUUGAUCCACGUCUCGGAUUGGCUGCCCACGCUGGUGGGACUUGCCGGCGGCAGCCUCAACGGCACCAAACCCUUGGACGGAUUCGACGUGUGGAACACCAUCAGCAAAGGCUUUGCCUCGCCCAGGCUGGAGCUGCUGCACAACAUUGAUCCAAUGUACAUCGACAUCGCCCCGUGUCCCGGCUCAGAGGAUCCGCGGGCGUCGGAUCGGCGCGCCGACGGCAAAGGCGCCUUCCGGGCCGGCUUCAACGUGUCCAUCCACGCCGCCAUCAGGUCGUCCAAGUGGAAGCUGCUCACGGGGUACCCAGGUUGCGACGUUUGGUUCCCGCGGCCCGGCCACAACGUCUCCUCGUCCCGUCGGCCCCCGGGGCCGCUAAAGCCCGUGAUGCUGUUCGACGUGGAGAACGACCCCGAGGAGAGGAAAGAGGUGUCGGCCAGCUACCCCGGCGUGGUUGACCGCCUCCUGGCCCGGCUGCGCCACCACCAGGAGAGCGCUCUGCCCGUCCACUUCCCCGACGACGACCCGCGCUGCGACCCGGGCCCCGCCGGAGCCUGGGGACCCUGGGCCUAGAUGACCGGGAUUCUGGACAUUUUGACAAAACGCAAUACAGUAAUUGUCAUAUUUUGUAAGUAUACAUCGAUUGAUCAAAUUUUGGACAUUUCUGCGUCGGCUUAAUAAAGCACUGAAACGUUAGCACCGUCGCCGUCAUUCCUCGGAUUCAAACGACUUUGUGCUAAAGGGGGUUAGCGCGCUAUUUGCGAUCGACGGGUGAGGAAUUUGGCGUCUCGCUUCACCCGGGGGGGGGAAUCAUUUGCACGUCUGGAAUCCGAGCGGGAGACGCUAAUUUUCCCCGGACAUAAUAUUCUCUUUGUACCUUGACCCCCGUGGCAUUUGACCUCACCGAGGAAGAACCCCCCCCCCCCUUCGCGCCUCCUUCCUCGCGAACUUUAAUGUGGGGAUGGCGACCUUUGAACCGCCGUCUUCAACAUGUGGACGCCAAAAAGAGGUCUCAAGAAACCAUUACAGAAGGAAAUUUUAGCAAGUUUAGCAAGAAACGCGGAGUAGACGCGUUUUGUUUACUUUAGCGAGACGCAUAAAAACGGCGGCACUCCUCAGAACGCUAGCGAUCUGCUCAGCUGUUGGCCCUUCUUGAUGAAAAAGGUUAAGACUCGGAUUGAAACGGCGACAACAGGGAGCGCCCAGCUGCUUUCGGACAUCCGACUUGCGCCUUUCAACGACUUCCAUACAUACAGGAAGUCACAAAUAGAAUAUCGUACACGAGUACAAAUAGCACAUUAUGCUUUUCCGGGCCACAUAAAUUCAUGCGGCGGGCCGGAUGUGGCUCCCGGACCUCGAGUUUGAUAACUCUGCCUUAUGGUAUGUUCAUCCAACCAUUUUUUUUUGAGCCGCUUAUCCUCACACGGGUCACGUGAGCGCUGGAGCCCAUCCGAGCUAUCUUUGGGCAGGAGGCGGGGUUUGGUAUGUUCAUUGUGAUUGUGAAAAUGAAUUUAUUAAA